AAAAAAGUUAAUAGAGUAAUAAACGGGGCUUGUCAUGGUUGUCACGGUGAUAGCCUCUGGGGGAACAGGUAUAGCAGCACGGUAGACACCUCCACCCUGUUACAAGUGGAAUAUAGCAUUUAAUAGUAGUGUUUAUAACUAUUGACACCGUCAGUCUGAAUAAGUGAAAAGCUUGUGUGGUGAGGAUAAGUGACAAUAAUGCCGUACAUGAUUAUUUCCUGUGAAUUUAAGAUGGAGACUGGCCCAACGUAUGUGGGCGAUGGGCUGUCAGAUGCUGCCUUGAUGGCUGAGCUCGAGGCAAAAAUCAUAAAAGAUCCUGUGAAGAGCAACAGUAUAAAAUACUCUACACAGUGGGCGCCACGUUGCGUCUUAAAUUUUCUAGAAAAAAAAGGAUGGCAAGUGAUAACGUCAGCUGGAGUUGGGCAGAGCUGCAUAUGGACAUUGUAUUCAAAAGAUUAAAUUGUGUGAUCAGAGCACAUCACUGUUUAUGUCUUUACACUGUAGGGACAGAUUCAUAAGCUCCAUUGCUUAUUGAUAUAGUGCUACUGCACUGUACUGUACUACGCAUAUAUAGUAGAGUACAUUGUCCAGGUUGAUGGUAACUAAAAAUGCAGGGUUUUAGGCUUCCAGGGUCUACUGUAGGUAGAUGUAAGGAAUAAGUAUAAAUGUAAUUAUUAUGGUUUUUUACUAUUAUAUACAGUAUAAGCUUUUUCCUAUAUGGUGACAAGUGACCGUUAUUAAAAUUAACUGAAUUUUCUUCCAUCAAUCACUGUCAUUUCUUUUCAUGUUAGCCUUCAUAAUAUUAGUUAGUUUCUGCAAUGUUCAAAUAAGUCUUCCCAUCCACAAAAUUGGAGAAUAAUUGUGCUUUUAGUGACAUCUUGGGAUAGAAGCUUAGCCUGAGUUGGGGAAAUUGUUCGGGCCUGUACUACAGUUAUUUACCGACAAGGAAAUUUAAUGGUGAUGGUAAGUAAUUUAGAUGUAAAGCUGAUCAGUAAAUUAAUGUUAUCCA